AUGCUGAGGAGGACGCUGCCGAGGCUGGCGUCGGUGAAGGACCGCGUGGCCGACGCGGCCAAGCAGGCCGUGAAGGGCGACGAGCACUUCCCCGCACUCAAGGGUCACCCGGCGGCGCGCGACCACGCCCGCGAGUCCGCCGAGAACCAGGCCGGCCUCGCCGCCGCCGAGGAGGAGAAGGAGCGCGGCGGCGGCAGGGCCUCGACGGUGAAGGAGUUCCAGAUCUACCGGUGGAACCCGGACUCGCCGGGCCGGCCGUUCCUGCAGUCCUACUUCGUCGACCUCCGCACCUGCGGCCCGAUGGUGCUGGACGUGCUCCAGAAGAUCAAGUCGGAGCAGGACUCGACGCUGGCGUUCCGGCGGUCGUGCCGGGAGGGCAUCUGCGGGUCGUGCUCGAUGACCAUCGACGGGGUGAACACGGUGGCGUGCCUGAAGCCGGUGGACACGGACACGUCGGCGGCGACGAUGAUCACGCCGCUGCCGCACAUGUACGUGGUGAAGGACCUGGUGGUGGACAUGAGCAACUUCUACCAGCAGUACAAGUCGGUGGAGCCGUGGCUGAAGAGGAAGCGUCCGGCGGCGGAGGGGCGGGAGCACGCGCAGUCGCCGGCGGAGCGGAAGAAGCUGGACGGGCUGUACGAGUGCAUCCUGUGCGCGUGCUGCAGCACGGCGUGCCCGUCCUACUGGUGGAACUCGGAGGACUUCCUCGGCCCCGCCGCGCUGCUCCACGCAUACCGCUGGGUCUCCGACAGCCGCGACGAGUACGGGGCGGAGCGGAUCCAGGCGCUGUCGGAGGGGUGGGACAAGAUGUACAGGUGCAGGAUGAUCAAGAGCUGCACGGCGACGUGCCCCAAGAGCCUCGACCCUGCCGCGGCCAUCUCCGCCAUGAAGACCAUGCACCAGCUCCGCAAGGCGUGA